GCUGAAGGAUGUUUACCUCCGUGAAGGCCUUUGAGGGGCAGCAGUACUCCACCCUGAAGAGGCAGUGCUUGCAGAGCGGCCUCCUGUUUGAAGACCCCCGCUUCCCCGCCACUGAUGACUCGCUUUUUUACCAGGGCAACAGGAUCGGACGUGUCGUCUGGAAGAGGCCUCGGGAGCUGUGUGAGGACCCUCACCUGUUUGUAGAUGGCAUCAGUGCACACGACCUGCAUCAGGGACAGUUGGGCAACUGUUGGUUUGUUGCAGCUUGUUCCAGCCUGGCAUCCAGAGAAUCUUUGUGGCAAAAAGUCAUCCCGGACUGGAAGGAGCAGGAGUGGGAUACAGAAAAGCCAGACUCGUACGCUGGGAUUUUCCACUUCCGCUUCUGGCGCUUUGGGGAAUGGAUGGACGUGGUGAUUGACGACCGGCUGCCUACGGUGGACAACCAGCUAGUCUACUGCCACUCCAAUGACAGCAAUGAGUUCUGGAGCGCUCUGGUAGAAAAGGCCUACGCCAAGGUUUAUGGCUGCUAUGAGGCUCUGGAUGGGGGAAACACAGCCGAUGCACUGGUGGAUUUUACCGGCGGUGUUUCCGAACCCGUGGACCUUCUGGAGGGUCAGAUGGCCACAGAUGAGGUGGCUCGUAACCAGCUGUUUGAAAGAGUGCUCAAAGUCCACAACAGAGACGGUCUGAUCAGCUGCUCUAUUAGGGCGACAACGGUGGAGGACAUGGAAGCCCGGCUGGACUGUGGUUUGGUCAAAGGCCACGCCUACGCCGUGACAGACGUCCGGAAGGUGCGACUUGGUCACGGACUGCUGGCCUUCUUCAAAUCGGAAAAGCUGCACAUGAUUCGCAUGAGGAACCCCUGGGGAGAGAAGGAAUGGAGCGGCCCGUGGAGCGACAGUUCGGAGGAGUGGAACAAGGUGAGCAAGAGUGAGAGAGAGAAGCUGGGUGUCACUGUGCAGGAUGACGGCGAGUUCUGGAUGAACUUUGACGACUUCUGCCAGUACUUCACAGACCUGAUCCUCUGCCGCCUCAUCAACACAUCCUAUUUGAGCAUCCACAAGACCUGGGAGGAAGAGGUGAUGAGGGGCACCUGGACCCACCGCCAGGAUCCUCUUCGAAACCGAUCCGGGGGCUGCAUCAAUCACAAGACCACCUUCCUGCAAAACCCUCAGUAUGUCUUUGAUGUGAAGAAGGUUGAGGAUGAGGUGUUGAUCUGCCUGCAGCAAAAAGAGAAGAGAGCCACGCCCAAAGAAGGCAAAGGGGAGAACCUUGCUAUAGGCUUCGAUAUUCAUCGGGUUGAACUCAAUCGGAAGUACCGUAUGCACACAGCCCAGCAGAAAGUAGCAGGUUCCAUCUACAUCAAUUCCCGCUGCGUCUUCCUCAGGAAGGAGCUUAAGGAAGGUCGAUACGUCAUCAUCCCCACAACCUUUGACCCAGGGCAGCAGGGAGAAUUUCUGCUGCGGGUCUUCACUGAUGUGCUUUCAGACUGCAAAGAGCUGACUCUGGAUGAGCCUCCUCAGACUUGUUGGACAGGGAUGUGUGGCUACCCUCAGCUGGUCACUCAGGUUCAUGUAGUGAGUGCUGAGGGACUGCAGGGACAAGACACCAAUGGAGUUGUGGAUUCUUAUGUGAUAAUCACCUGUGAAGGAGAGCGAGUUCGUUCACCAGUUCAAAAAGACACACGUUGCCCAAACUUUGACAUCAAAGGCCUUUUUUACCGCAAAAAGCCCAAGGAAGCCAUCCACAUUGAGAUCUACAACAAGAACAUGAUCAUGGACACCUUCCUGGGUCAGGUGGUCCUGUUCAGCGAGCCCAACGAGCGGCAAGAGCAACACACGCUUCACCUCCGAGACAAGGGCAGUCGCCAGGACAACGACAUCCCAGGCAUGCUCACUGUGCGCCUCUUCACCUCCACCACGCUCACAAACAUCUGACGAGCUCCUUAAAGCAAAAUGGAAAUCUCAAAAAGCUCUGCGGUCUUUCUGACCUCACUGUGUCCUUUUUCUUUCAUUUUUGUUGAUUUUCAGCCUUUUUUGGGAGGUUUCUUAAAUCUUCCCCUCAUCUAUAUUUUUAAGGUAAAGGUGCCAUAAGUACAGUCAGUACAGACUUUUUAAUGAGUUGUGUUUUCAUAAAAUCCUCCUUGAAUAGAACGUAUGGUCAGAAUUGUUUCUGAAAGCUGACGUCUCUGUAGGUUGGAAGCCAGAAUCUCGCCUUGGCUUCAGCAGAGAGAAAAAAGUUUCCUGUUCUGAUCUGAUUGUACAAGUCGAGUUUCCUCUUCCCUCAUUUUUGAAUUCAUGCCUAACCUGUACAUGUAGACGUAGAACACAUAUGCACACAUUUCUGCACUCUCCAUGCAUGUGCCAAUUUUCCAAGGGCUCUGCAAUGCCUUAAGGCCGAGUCCGUCUCUCCUGUUUUAGGAGACGGGGGAGGAGUUCUGUUUAAGCUGUUCUUAGAGUCAGCCUCCUUUUUGUCUGACUUUAACCCCACCCCCAGUGUUUAACCCUCCCACCCAGACACCAGAGCUCCUCGUCAGGUUGCAGGUGUUUCAGAGAGCAUGCCACAGCCUGAACUUUAUUAAGAAAAGCCAACAGCAGCUAUUUCCUUCCUCUAAGAGCUUUUUUUUGUGCUGUGCUGCGCUCCCGUACAAAGUCUCGCCUCCCGUCUCCUGACACGUUUUUAAACUUCCUUGAAACUCUCGCUGCCGGUUGCUCUGGACGAUCUUAACUGCAUGGCUUGAAGAUGUUUCUGCCUGUGCCGUACAAUUCUCCAGUUGUAGCUUAGCAACCGGGUUCCUGAUGGCGUUACCCUUUCCCUUUUCCCCUCGUCGGAGUGCAAGGAGUCAGCUUGACAUAAACCAAGUGCUUUAUGGGACCAAAGAUGUGCCAGGCCCUUUGCUGUCUACGUCCUGUUUGGAACCUUCUGGCCAGGCCCGGCCCAAGCCUAGCUACAGUACAAACCACCACCCCCUGUGCCACUUCAUCUCUUAACGGCGACACCACUGCCUGACGCUUCCUUUGACAAAGAGUCUUAUGGGUCAACCUCGCGGCAGACAGCAGCUGCGCUUCUGCCGUCGGCACAGAGCAGGCCGGAGUAUUUAACGGAGAAAAUGUGUGUCUGUCUCGUUUCUUUCAGCUCCGCUUCGAAUUCGGGUGAAUGCAAAUCUGUGUAUCCUAGUUCUAUCCGGAAGACAUUUUUUCUGUGGAAAGGUGUGACCAAAACGGAGGGGGAAAAAACACACCUUGCACUUUAAUUUGUUUCAAAGACAAAAGAAAGGUUUUAUCAAAGGAGACAUGCUGCCAAACAACUCGUGCCAUCAUCUCGGUCUUGGCUUUGCCUCCACAGCAGGAAAGCAGAAUGGAUGAACUGAUGAUUUCACAUGUUUUCUGCAUUUUGAACCACAGUUGGUGCAAAUUUAAUCUUUAUUAUUAACCAUGACACUUCCUGUGUUGGUCAUGUGGCCACUCGGUCUGAGUGUUUCACUUCUAACCAGAACUUAGUUUUAUUUUGUGGAAUGAGAAGAGCAGUCUUAGUUUUAUGAAAUUCAGAGAUUAUUUUUUGUUGUUACUAUUAAUAUUAUUAGACAUUAGGAAACAAACUGUUAUCUACCAUCAAGGUAUUUUUUUGAAUGUAAGACUAGUCUAUUUAUGAAAGUUUCAAAUUUGUUUUUCUGUUUGUUUGUUUUUUUAUACUGGAAAGUACAAAAAUUACAUUUUUUAAAUUUGUCUCUCAGAUUUUUGUCAGGGUCAUACGCGGUCUGGAACUUUAUAAAUGUUAUUCUGGUUUUUAUACUUUCAAUUGUUUAUCUAAAAGUUACCCUGCCUGUUUUGGACCAUCAGUUUCUUUCUUUCUUUCUUUUCUUUCCUCCCUAUUUUAUUAAUUUCUUCAUUAUUUCAUCGCAUCUCUGCCUUUUUUCUUGUUCUGCAUUUAAAGCCGCUUUAUGAAUACAUCAUAUAGACAUAAAUUCAUUAUAAAUCUUGGUAUUUAGAGAAAGGAGUUUAAAAGGACUGACAGGUCCUUUUAAACUCUGGUAGAGUUGGAACAAUGGAACCCUGUUUUAUGUACAGCAUCCUUAUAAAUGUGUCCUGCAUGACUUAUUUUUCCGUAUGUUCAUGACCUUGUACUGUUCAAUUGUUCCUGUAUCUAAUUAUUCUUUCUAUCUCGAGCAUCGUGAAAAUGCUCGUUUUUGAGGAGUCAGCAUGUCGACACCUGGUCAGCCUCAUCUCAUACGGAUCACAAAGGGUUUGAAACAUUUACAGUAUGUCUUGUGUUGCAGUGAUGCACCCAUAAUACCUGUAGCAUCUGUCAACAUUAGCAGCAGCUGCUGACGAACCUCUAGGUGCUAUUUA